AUGGAACAUAAGCUGAGGAAACUGAUGCAUGGGAAAGCACUGCUUUUAAUUAUCGUCCUUGGAAUAGGAGGAUCAUUUCAGCAUGGAUAUCAAAUCACGGUUAUCAGCUCACCCUCAAUGUAUAUUAAAGAUUUUAUUAAUAAGACCUGGGAGGAGCGCUAUGAGCAGCCGAUCAAGGACGGUGUCGCCACGUUCCUCUGGUCGUCCGUUGUCGGCUUUUAUGGUCUGGGUGGCUUUGCUGGAAGUCUGAGUGUCAGUUUUAUAACAGCCAAAUUUGGAAGAAAGAGAGCCAUGAUUUGGAAUAAUGUCAUAAGCAUCACUGCGGCUAUAUUUAUGUUGACAAGUAAAACCGCAAAAUCUUUUGAAAUGGUUUUCAUUGCGAGAUUCUUAUAUGGAUUAUCGGCAGGGUUGGGUGUCAAUGUUCAAUCAAUAUAUCUGGGUGAGAGCUGCCUGAAGGAAGUGAGAGGAAUGGUGAUUCUGACGGCAGCCACCUUCUUCUCAAUGGGCAAAUUCUGUGGACAGUUUAUUGGCCUGGGGGAGCUUCUGGGACGUGAGCAUCUAUGGCACAUCCUGCUCAGCUUCAGCUCAUGUUUCGCAGUGGUUCACCUGCUUCUGUUGCCGUUCCUCCCAGAGGCACCAAGAUACCUAGUGAUUGAGAGGAAUGAUAAGGAACUGUGCAGGAAAGCCCUUCAGUCGCUCUGGGGUGAAGGCAACUACAAAGUGGAGAUUGAGGAGAUGUUGCUAGAGCAGGCUGCCAUAAGAGGAAAGCACACCAAAAACAUGUUGGAACUACUGAGGGACAGAAGUGUGCGCUGGCAGGUCAUCACUGUGGUGGUCAUCAGCAUCUCCAUGCAUCUCUCCGGCAGCUCUGUGGUCAAUGUGUUUACCUUCAGCAUCUUCACGGAGGCCGGUGUCCCACUGGACAAGAUACCCUAUGUCACUCUGGGCCUGGGAAUCUCUGAAGUCACCACCUCUGUCACAUGUGGUUUUCUCAUUGAGAACAUGGGGAGGAGGGCCUUGCUUUGGAGAGCUUUUGGGUCACUGUCUGUAAUCAUGGCCCUCAUCACAGUCACGCUAACUUUCAAGGACAGCACAUAUUGGAUCCCGUACUGCACAGUUGCCUUGGUAUUUCUUUUUGUCAUAUUUCAUGGUGGUGGAGCAGCUGGAGUGGUUAUACCCUUUAUUCACGAAAGUUUUGUGCAGUCCCAUCGACCUGCCGCCUUCGCCCUCGUUGGGUGUCUCCGCUGGUUUGAAUUCUGGGUCAUAGGAACAGUCUUCCCGUUCUUGCUUGUGAGUUUCAUUCCAUCCUACUAUUCUCUGAGGGUGCCUUUAUGUGGAGCAGCUCUAGUAACUUCCAUGGAUUUUCCACGCUAUUUCUGCAGCUUGGUGGAUGACGAAGCAAUCUCAGUCAUGUGUCUUUCUUCUGGGUAUUAUAACACUUUAACCACUAGCUAACCUCUCGUGAAAUAUUAGCUUGUAAUUAGUUACCAGUCACAUCAGUGCGCCUGUUAAUUAGGUACCAGGCAGAUCAAUGUUCCUGGCUCUGGACCACCGUGAGCCUGACCUGGACAAGCAGUUGAACAGUAGUGAGUAAAGUGUCGUACAUACAAUUAGUAACUCACUGCUUUUUUUUUCCAGAACUUUCUGAAGUCUUUCUGCUUUGUACUCAGUGUCGCCACUUGUCUGGCGGCUGCACUCUU